AGAUUCGAAUCCUUUUAGGAUUCUCUCAACAAAACCAAGCUAAAAAAAUAAUUUAUGAAGGGUCCAAAUCAGUGCUGUGUCCUUUAGACAGCGAGUAGGUUUAGUAUAAAUAUAAACCAAAUAAAGCAAAAAAAAAAAAUUAUGAGUUAAAACUAAAAAGGAAAAUCAUCAUCUAAAUCGGAAAUGCUCCUCUAUUGUAUCAGAAAGGAGGCUGCUAGGGCAGGCGCAAAUAUAAAUCUGGUCCAGAGUCUCACUUGUUUCACAUCUCCACUUCUUCACAGAGCAGCUAUGUCUUCGACACAGAAGAGGAGCAAUCUGGACGAUGAAAAACCCAUCACUCGUGUUCUCUUUUGUGGACCACAUUUUCCAGCUUCCCAAAAUUAUACUAGAGAAUACUUGGAGAAGUAUCCUUUUAUCCAGGUUGAUGAUGUGCCCCUCAAGGAAGUUCCUGACCAUAUUGGGAACUAUCAUCUUUGUGUUGUGAAAAACAUGAGGUUAGAUUCAAAUGUAAUAUCUCGUGCAAAACAGAUGAAGCUUAUAAUGCAGUAUGGUGUUGGCCUAGAAGGCGUUGAUAUUGAUGCUGCUACAAAGCGUGGGAUUAAAGUUGCCAGAAUUCCUGGUGAUGCAACUGGAAAUGCAGCAUCUUGUGCUGAAAUGGCUAUAUAUCUAAUGUUGGGCCUUCUCCGGAAACAGAAUGAGAUGCAAAUUUCUGUAAAGCAGAAAAAGCUUGGAGUGCCUGUUGGUGAAACACUUCUUGGGAAAACAGUCUUUAUUAUGGGAUUUGGAAAUAUCGGAAUUGAUUUGGCAAAGCGAUUGAAACCAUUCGGUGUUAAAAUUAUUGCUACAAAAAGAAGCUGGCCCUCAAAUGUGCCUGUUCCUGUCCCAAAAGCAGUUCCAAUUCAAAAUGGGGUCGUUGAUGAUUUGGUUGACAAGAAAGGAAGUCAUGGAGAUAUUUACGAGUUUGCAAGCGAUGCUGAUAUAGUUGUUUGUUGCUUGAGUUUGAAUAAAGAAACUGUUGGAAUUGUAAACAAGUCCUUCAUAUCGUCAAUGAAACAGGGAGCACUUUUGGUAAAUAUUGCUCGAGGGGGUCUUCUAGACUAUGAGGCUGUCAUGUAUCAUCUUGAGUCCGGACACUUGGGAGGCUUAGGAAUUGAUGUUGCAUGGACAGAACCAUUUGACCCUGAAAAUCCAAUUUUGAAAUUCAAAAAUGUUAUAAUUACACCUCAUGUUGCUGGGGUUACUGAAGCUUCUUAUAGAUCCAUGGCUAAGGUUGUUGGUGAUGUUGCAUUACAACUUCAUGCUGGAAAUCCUUUAACAGGGAUAGAGUUUGUCAAUUAAUUGGGCAGAAUCAAACCUAUCAAUAAGGCUAUAAAAUUUAACUACCCAUUUAAGGUUCAGCAGAUUGGUCCUGGGGCUGCCUUCUGCAAAAUCUUGUAUAGCAGGAAGGAAAAAUAGCUUCAGUAGAUAGAUUGCUUCGAGGAUCCUCUUGAGCACGUUACUUUGAGGUUCAUUAGAUUACUGGAAACUUGAUAUUUCAUUUAGAAAAAAUAAAUUAUUGAUUGAUUAAUUUUAGUACAAUGAUUGUUAGUAAUAUUCUUCCUUUCUUUAUCUUUUAUUAUAGAUUUAACCAAUUAGAUAU